UAAUCCCUCUUACCCUCCUCUACAAAUCUCCCACCCCAUUGUAGUAAAAAAGGCUUAGUAAAACAGAGAGGGCUACAAAUCUCCCACCCCCACGACCCCUUCUCCCACCGCAUUGUAGUAAAAAAAGCUUGGAGAAAAAGAGGGAGAAGCAGUAGGGACAGAAAAGAGAAAGGAGACUUCUGACACAAUCCUCCCCCCACCUUCCACUCAUUGCUACAUUCCUUCCAUUAGCUGUUAAGAAACAGGGGAAGGUAGAGAGAAAGAGAGAGAGAGAGAGAGACAAGUGUAAGGGGAUGCAGGGGAGUGCUAGGAGGAGAGCUCUAGCUAGAAAUCGGGUGGCUGCGGGCUCUGUUUGGGAGACAAGGAUGAGAAUGGAUGAAGUGAAGGGUGGCAUCAAGGUGUUCAAUGGCGAGGAAAGCCGCUGCGAUGAUGGGAAUGCCGACGAGGAUGGGCUUAGAGUGUACAGGAGGCUGAGGAGGAAUCAGAGCGACAGUGUCUCGACGGAGAGGAGGAAGAGGAGGAACUGGAGGCCGCCUGAGCCAGCGGCGAGUGGCUCGAUGGAGACAAGCCCAAUUCCGCUGAGGAAAGCAAAAUCGGAUUUGUCGAAUUCUCCGAGGCUUCGUAGCGAGAAUUGUGGGGAAAUUGGGGAGGAGAAGGUUGUUUCGGAUGGUGUGGGGAAUGGUGGCGGGAUUGGGGAGAAGCCAGUGCUACUUAUAGGUGACGGGCGUGAGGAUGGCGGUGGUGGUGAAGAAGAGGAGGCUGAGAUAGAGGUAGAGGAGGAAAAGAAGAGCUUUGACGACAAGGAAAUGGACAUACCGGUCGAGAAACCAAAGAAUGUGGAGGAGGAGGAAGAGGAGGAGGAGAAAAUUAAUCAGAUCCCAGCUGAGAAACCGAAGAUUGCCGAGGAGGAGAAGAGAAUCAACAAGAUCCAUGAGAUAGCCGUGCUGGCGAAAGUGGAAAAGAAGCUGAUGCCGCCGGUGAUACGUCGCCGGGCAAUUCAUCCAGAUCCCAUAAAACCAUCUCCUGCGGUUGCAGUAGAAGAAGAAAUUUUUGUGAGCACAUAUGCGACCCAGAACAGAAUGCAGAACAUUGUGAAUUUGGUGAUGUGGAGAGAUGUCUCAAAGUCGGCUUUCGUGUUUGGUUUGGGAACAUUCUUCCUCCUCUCCUCUUCCUAUGCCAAGGAUCUUAAUUUCAGCCUGAUUUCAGCAAUUUCCUAUCUGGCUCUCGUCUAUCUCGCUUUAAUUUUCUUUGUCAAGUCCAUUCUCCGAAGGGGAGCGACCGUAGAAUACGAUGAGAAGGAUGAGAGGUACAUGGUUGGAGAGGAGGAGGCCAUUUGGCUUCUGAGGCUGCUCCUUCCUUACAUAAACGAGCUCCUAUUAAAGCUCAGGGCUCUUUUCUCUGGAGACCCUGCAACUACCAUGAAGCUGGCAGUGUUACUAUUUGUGAUGGCCAGAUGCGGAGCCUCCAUCACUACAUGGACGCUGGCCAAACUGGUGUUCUUUGGAGUUUUCACCAUCCCAAAGGUGUACUCUACCUAUUCCAUUCAGCUGGCAAAAUACGGCAAAUUUUGGUUGGAGAGAUUUAGAGAUGGUUGGGAGACAUGCACCCACAAGAAAGCGGUCGCCGCUGCCAUCUUCACCCUCGUAUGGAACAUUUCCUCCACCGUCGCCCGCAUUUGGGCUGUGUUCAUGCUGGUUGUGGCAGUUAAAUUUUACCAACAACAUGUAGCGGACGAGUGGAGUGGACAAGAGGAGGUGGUGGUGGAAGAAGUUCAUGAAGAUUCCAAGCCAGGAAAGAGCCAGUGUCAUGAACUAGUCCAUCGACAGAGAGGUGGUCCAAGUCCUCGUGAGGUGAGGAUAAAGAAAGGGAUCUAAAGAGUAGGGGAUGGAAGAGGAGAUGAUAGGUUUUUUGGCCAUGGCCAAUGGGAAGGAGGAGAGUGCAAAGGAGAAGAGAGGAGGGUGGGAGGUGUCAGCAAUCUUUUGUUUUCUCAAGAAGGCAUCACCACCAGACUCACUUGUCAGCACUUGCAGUCCCUCUUAGGCGACUUUUAUUAUCUUUUUCAUUGGUUCAGUCUAGUUUUUGUAAAGGUUCUAAAACACCAGUUGUUCUGAUAGUUAUGUGGUGUGAUGGCCAGAUGUAUUGCAUUACCAAUCUUGUCAUUCUAGUAAUGUAAAAUAACUAACGUGUUUGGCCAUCUCUCCACUUGCAUAAAUUGAAUAAUUGUAAAUGAGGGUCGUAUGGAAGCAGAGCAUGUGGCCAUCUCUCUGCUUGCACAAAUUGAAUAAUUAUGAAUGAGGGUUGUAAGGAA